CUUCAGUUCUCUGGUGGCCAGUUUGAGAAGGACUGCCAUACUAGAGAUAACAAAUUAUUAUAUUUAUAUUAAAAAAAAUAUAUAUAUAUAUAAGCGCGUGCGCUCAAACUUUUAAUUUAUACUAAAGAGUGCAGUCGUUGAAGACCAAAUUCUGCAACAAUGUCUUACUGCGCCAGAAUUUUUCGGGCACAGAAAAUUUGUGGAUUAACAUCAGAUAUCCAGCAAAGAUGUUUCAGCAUGAGCCCAUUGAGUUUUGCUGCCGCAAAGGUAGCAAUGUCAAAAUUCGAUCAAACAGCUUAUCUUCCAUACGACAAAUUGAGCGAAAAUUUAAAAGUUGUCAAGAAACGGCUUGGUCGCCCUUUAACACUCUCAGAAAAAGUAUUAUAUUCCCACUUGGAUGAACCCGAGAAGCAAGAGAUCGUUCGAGGAACCAGUUAUCUUAGACUCCGACCAGAUCGUGUUGCCAUGCAAGAUGCUACAGCCCAAAUGGCCAUGUUACAAUUCAUAAGCUCUGGUUUACCUAAAGUAGCUGUACCAUCAACAAUCCACUGUGAUCACUUGAUUGAAGCUCAAAUAGGAGGAGUAAAAGAUUUGAGCCGUGCUAAAGAUAUGAACAAAGAAGUAUACACUUUCUUACAAACCGCUGGCGCUAAAUACGGAGUAGGUUUUUGGAAUCCUGGAUCAGGAAUUAUUCAUCAAAUUAUCUUGGAAAAUUAUGCUUUCCCUGGUUUGUUGAUGAUUGGUACUGAUUCCCACACGCCAAAUGGUGGUGGUCUUGGUGGUCUUUGUAUUGGAGUUGGUGGUGCUGAUGCAGUAGAUGUAAUGGCAAAUAUCCCAUGGGAAUUAAAGUGCCCCAAGGUGAUUGGAGUUAAAUUGACUGGAGAGUUGAAAGGCUGGACAAGUCCUAAAGACAUUAUUUUAAAAGUCGCGGGUAUACUUACGGUAAAGGGAGGUACUGGUGCUAUUGUUGAAUACUUUGGUCCAGGUGUCGAUAGUAUAAGUUGUACGGGAAUGGCAACAAUUUGUAACAUGGGUGCUGAAAUUGGUGCUACUACAUCUGUUUUCCCAUAUAAUUAUCGUAUGCAAGAUUAUUUGAAAGCAACAAAUCGCGCUGAUAUCGCCGCCUCUGCAGAUAUGUUUAGAACCAGCUUGUUGACUGCUGAUGCAAAUGCUAAAUAUGAUCAAGUUAUUGAGCUAGAUCUAUCUACACUCGAGCCACAUGUCAAUGGACCAUUCACUCCUGAUCUCGCACAUCCUAUUUCUAAAUUAGGUGAAGCCGCCAAGAAAAACGGAUGGCCAAAUGAAGUAAAAGUUGGUCUAAUUGGGUCAUGUACAAACAGCUCUUACGAAGAUAUGGGACGAUGUGCUAAUAUUGCUAAACAAGCGCUCAAACAUGGUAUUAAAUCAAAGUCAACAUUCAAUGUCACACCAGGAUCUGAACAAAUUCGAGCCACUAUUGAGCGCGACGGUAUUGCUCAAACACUUCGCGAAUUUGGUGGUAUUGUGUUGGCUAACGCAUGCGGGCCUUGCAUCGGUCAGUGGGAUCGUCAAGAUAUCAAGAAAGGCGAUAAGAACACUAUUGUCACCUCUUACAAUCGUAAUUUCACUGGUCGUAAUGAUGCCAAUCCAGCAACUCAUGCGUUUGUAACAAGUCCUGAACUCGUUACGGCUCUUUCUAUCGCCGGACGUCUCGAUUUCAAUCCUCUUACUGAUAAACUCAAGGGCGCUGACGGAAAAGAAUUCCUUUUAGAUAAUCCAUUCGGUGAUGAACUUCCGGCUCGUGGAUUCGAUCCUGGUAUGGACACUUACAAUGCGCCACCAGCUGAUGGUAGUAAAAUUAAAGUUGAUGUUGAUCCCAAGUCACAGCGAUUACAAUUAUUGGAACCAUUUGAUAAAUGGGAUGGCAAAGAUCUUACUGACCUGACGGUUCUUAUUAAAGUAAAAGGAAAAUGUACAACUGAUCACAUCUCUGCUGCUGGACCUUGGCUGAAAUAUCGUGGUCAUCUUGACAACAUCUCAAACAACAUGUUCAUCGGCGCAGUCAACUCUGAAAAUAACGAGGUAAAUAAAAUUAAAAAUCAAUUGAAUGGAGAAUGGGGUGCCGUUCCUGACGUAGCACGACACUACAAGAAAAAUGGCAUUAGAUGGGUAGCAAUCGGUGAUGAAAACUACGGAGAAGGAUCAUCUCGGGAGCACGCAGCACUUGAGCCUCGUCAUCUUGGUGGCCGCGCAAUAAUUGUCAAAAGUUUUGCUCGUAUUCACGAAACAAAUCUCAAAAAACAAGGUGUUCUGCCAUUAACUUUCGCCAAUGCCAGUGAUUACGAUAAAAUUCAACCGACUGACAAAAUUAGUUUACUCGGUCUAAAAGAUCUCGCACCAGGAAAACCAAUAAAAGCUGAAAUCAAACAUAAGGAUGGCAAAGUUGAGACAAUUACGCUCAACCACACUCUGAAUGAACAACAAAUCGGUUGGUUCAAAGCUGGCUCAGCAUUAAAUCGUAUGAAGGAAAUUGCAUCUGGACAUUAAUAAAUAAACAACCAUGCGAUAAUUAUUUAUAAUGUACGCAGAAGUAAAUGCUGACAUCUUUGUUGGAAAAUAUUAACGCAGUCAAUUGUGCGUAGGCUGCUUUAGCUGUAAAAAUUUAUAAUAAUAAUACACUGUGAAGAAUACAGUUCAUUUACAAUAGUCGAUGAUAUAUAUAUUUAUAUAUAUAUGUGAUUGAUUAAUACACUACGAUAGGACACAACGUAGUCAAUAAUUAUGAAUGAAAUUAUGCCAUUGUAUUGUAAAUCGCAUUAUAAUUAUGCGUAAUUAUGCAAUAGAUUAAUAUUAAAUAAAAAAAAAAUAUAAAUAACGAUGGAUGUGAUACUUAAGUAUUUGAGGUAAUCAAUGAUGAAUCGUUUUACAAAAAGAAUUUUUAUCUUGAGCUGACAAUAUUUACCUCAAAUAAUUACCAUUUUUAUUUAUAUUUAAUAAACGACAAGUAUUUUUUUCUCCUUUUUUGGUAUUUAUUUAAAAAAAGAACAAUUUGAUAUUUAUUAAAUUUUUAAAUGUCGGUACUUUAACAUCAGCCCCGUUACCGACAUUUACAAAUUAACUAAAUAAUUAAUUGUUUUUUUUUUUUUUAAA